GUUACCCUUGUGCUUCACAUAUGGUUUUCAUUGGACAUUGCUGCCUUAGGGGAUUGCUUUCCAGGUCAAUCUGCAGAGUCACACGACAAGAGAGCAGGAAAGUUAAAUGAAAUUGCACAGUAAUUGUCAUUUUAUUAUUUCCACUCGUGAAUACUGUGCAGACAUAUAAUUCAUAAGUUGAAAUCACCUCGUAUGCGAGGUUCAUCGCACAUGUUCCCUGGCGGUGCUAGAUCACUCUUCUAAGAGGAAACUUUGCCUUGAUAGCUGUAGCCUGAGGCCCUCUUGUCCAAUUCACAGUCCUCAAGGGUGUGAUCUCAAGCCAAAGUAAUUCCAUUUUGUUUAAUAACUCCAUUUUGUAACACAGCCGUGCCACAUAGGGGCAAGUUGUUUUUCCUUUUCUUGUAGAGACCCUCAAGAACAUGGUACUAUCUAAGGGGGCUUUGUUUCAGUAACUGGGGUGACUGGGCUAAUUGUGAUUGGCUAACCUUCCCGCCGCCUGACUGCAAUCUACCACUUCUGUAACUUCGCUUGCUUGCUUUGGCCAAACCCCCUAACGUCCCUUUCGUGGUUUUUAAGCUUAAAAGAAGCGUCCUUGAAAUUGUCCUUGCAAUUGUUCGGGGGAUCCGGAGCAGACUAUGUUCCCGGUCAGUGGCAGGUGUGCUUCAAGGCUUGAUUCGAUAAUACGUGAGUUGUCUGGAAGUCAAUUUAAGAAGUCCCGGACGUUGCUUUAACUACAAGAGAAAAAAAUAAAAGUUGUCAACAGGAACCUGUCAUUCUGGCCUCACUGAUUCCUGGGUUGGAUGUCAUCUACUGUCACUCAGAAAGAAGGCUCUCUGGGCUCAGCCUGCGGGGCGGGUCUGCAGCCCUGUGCAGCGGAGAGCACUCGGGGAGAACCGUCUAAUCCCGGCACAGCCAGCGAGGAUGGAGCGGCUUCCGCGAUCUGGCCGGGCACUUUCCUUCUGAGCUGCCCUUCUCGCGAUCUGGCUCUAGGCUUCUGUCGCCAGCCCUGGGGUCUCGCUGGCUUUGCCCUGCGGGUGCUGAAGAUCCCUGGCGGCCGCCUGGCUCCCGAGCGCCAGGAAAUGGAACUGUUGGCAUUCACCGAUGUGACCAUUGAUUUCUCUGAAGAGGAAUGGGAAUGCUUGGAGCCUGCUCAGAGGAACUUAUACAAAGAAGUGAUGCUAGAGACCUACAGAAACCUGGUCUUCCUGGGUUCGCUGCCCUCGUUGAUGUGUCUGGCACGGGACACCCAAUGGGAAUCUAAGAUACCAAGACAAUCCAAUGUCCAUUUAUCAAAAAGAAAACCUUUUGAAUCUCGUAGGUCACGUAUGCCUGGCCUGGCUUUGAUGAAAGUGAAAGAACAGAGGGCUCCUGAUAAAGGGGGGACAUGUGCACCAUAUGUUUUAAACAGAGUUCAAGUUGACUGUUGUGAGAAGAAAGUGAAGCAAAGUGGAUUUAAACAUGAUAGACAUAAUACCGGAACAGUGGAGAAGUAAUAGUCUGCAUGUUCCAUAGUAGUUUGAGAAGAAAAUUCAAGUGUGCAAGAAUAGCAAGACACCAGAAAACUAAAACUAAAGAGACCCUACAAAGAAAUGGUUAAAAAUAAAAAGAAAAGAAAGAAAGUCUUAACAUAAUCCUACUGGAAUAGCAGUGGGAAAAGUAGGUUAUACAAAACAAAGUAGUACAAUCAAGCAAAAAUAUAAAAAAUGAUUCUAAGAAAUACAUGGUAAGAUUAUGAGCAAAAAACGUGGAUGUGGAAUCGAUGUGAUUCUGCAAUCUGUAUACGGGGUAAAAAUGGGAGUUCAUAAUACACUUGAAUCAAAUGUAUGAAAUAUGAUAUGUCAAGAGCUUUGUAAUGUUUUGAACAACUAAUAAUAAUAAUAAAAGAAAGAAAAAAAGAUUAUGAGCAAUGACUAAAUAAACUGACUUGGUUUUUCUUUCUGUUUUCCCUUUAUGUUUCUCUAACCACGGGGAAAAUUAGGUCAGAAAAGAUGCACAGAACAUGGAAUGUGGCAGAAUAUGCAGCAGGUAUUAAAUCCUAAAAACAUGGCCAAUUGAAUUCAUUGACCCAUCCUUGCUAUUCUUCUACAGCAUCAUAUUAGAGAUUCACCCUUCCUGAUUAGGGCAUGGUGAUGCAUAGUUGUAACCCCAGCAGGGGAUUACCAUUUUCUGCAACAGAAAACAGGAGGCUGAGGCAGGAAGAUCAAGAAUUCAAGUCCAGGUUCAACAACUUAGAGAGGCCCUAAAAAGUUUGG